AUGGUAGGCAUGUUGAUGCAAUACACUUAAAAAGGGCUUAAGUCUUGCACGAGAUUUAGUGUCAUCUCUGUUGCUAUGGUGAAUAAAAUUGCUCUUGACUUAUGCACAGUUAGUAAAAUUGUCUAUGUGCAAAUUAAAAUUAUAUGUAUAAAAUACAUAUAUACAAAUUAAAUAAAACACAAGAGCAAUUUGAGAGUAAGAGAAAACAGUCACCAUGGCAUGUGCAGUACAACACAUAAAGAGAUCGGCGAAUUCCCAAGAAACCAUGGUACAUAUGUAAGAAUUGUUGAUUGUCUCAUUUAAGACAACCAUGCAAUUGAAAGACGUUUUAAAACAUUGCGUGCAUAGACGGCCAACGGACAAUGAAAGUGUCAACUAUGUGCAUUUUCCAAUUAAUCACCAUUUUCAGAAACCAUAUUAUAGGAUAGUACAGGCCGAGCAGAAUGAUUCCUGUCGAUUUAGGACCCUUGCCCCGUUACACAAUCAAAGCAGCAUUUCGCCUAUUCUGGAGAAACAUGAGUCCGCUCUUCUGAUGAUCCUAGGCUUCGCCGGGUUUUCUAUUGUUUUGGCGAUCAUACACAAUUCUAUCAGGAAAUACAUCUACAAAGACGCCCAUAGCUUGGACACGGUGUUUGACGCUGGUGGGAAAGUAACGCUCAGUUUGACGGCAGUCACCGUGACGUCACAACUAUUAUGGCCGGCCGAUUUCCUACAGAUUACCACUAUUACUAUUACUAGUGGCAUAGGAGGGUGUCUCUUCUUUGUCCUAGGAAUCGUUCUCGAUAUUCUCCUGUUUCCAAUAUUGUCUGUUGAACUGAAAACCAAGGCUCCUGGUGCCAAGACAUUUCUUCAGAUAAUCUAUACGAGAUAUGGAAAACCAGCACAUGUUGUCUUCUGCUGUAUCGCUCUUUUCGCCAACAUCGUUACAAUCACAGCCCUUCUGGUGGCGGGAAAGUCGGCCAUUAGUGUCCUCACAAAGGACGCAUCAGACGAGUUCAUUGCGUUUGUCUUGGCGGUACUGUUUGGGUCUUACUGUUUUCUUGGGGGUCUGGGAACAACUUUUUACAUUUCGUACUUUAACACCGCCAUCACUUUUGUGGGAUUGAUCGCCAUUGUAGUUAGCAUUGCAUACACUGAUAACAUUAAUGAGAGCAUGUCCAAAUAUGUGUCUAUAGACGCCAUGUAUGACGCUAUGUCCUGUAUAAAAUCAACCGAAGGGAACUACGAGGAUUCUUUGCUGACCUUCCGGACAAGAUCUGGUGCUAUUUACGGGUUAUCUCUUUUCUUCAUGGCGACCUCACUCAGCUUUAUUGACCAAGCUAACUGGCAGAGUAGAAUUGCUGCCAAACCCGUUCAAGGUGUAAUCGGUUUCUUUAUAGCAGCCAUCAUGUUCUUUUGUCUCCCAGCAACCAUUGCACUUCCGGCAACACUGACAUAUGCUUCGAUGGCUUAUGAGAAUGGAACGCAUUUUCUGUCCCAAAAUGAAAUUGUGAAUGGUUUCAUUACACCAUUUGUGUUGGAAAAAAUCAUGGGGUCAACUGGAGCCUAUCUUCUUAUCACCUCCAUAACAAUGGCACUCAUGUCAACAGGAUCUGGAGAAGUAAUGGCAGUGUCAUCCAUCGUAGUAUAUGAUAUAUAUAAAGUCUAUAUAAACCCUUUCAGGCGUUUGCUCACACCUACUUCAUGUAUUUUGUGUGGACUUCAAAAGGUUGGUGGAAAACACGAAGUUUGCAGUUGCCCUACAUCAGCUGAGUGCAUUGACUGUUCAAAGGAUAUGAAGAGAAAAAGUAAAACAAGAGACUUUGCCGUGCAAUAUACGUGCCCAAUUCAUGGGGACUACCGCCAUUAUGAAGACCUUCUGAUGCAUCACAAAAGCUGGUGCAUUGUAUGGGUCACCAUUUCGGUGAUUCCAUAUGCAUUAGUUGUAUAUGCCAGCAAUAUCAACUUAACAUGGGUCAUAUUCUUCAUGCAAGGAACUAUCAGCCCAUUUGCAAUACCACUUCUGUUAGCGAUCAUUUGGUCCCGUUGCACUUCGUCUGGCGUUAUUACAGGCUGUGUGGUGGGACUGAUAGGUUGCGUAGCGGCUAACUUUGUCGUGUCAGAAGUUGUAUAUGAAGGCGGACUAUCCAAUUUCUUCAUCAACACAAUUCAAGACUACAGUCUCCUUGCAGGGUGCGUAGCUGGAAUAUCCCUCAGCAGUGUGUGUACGAUAGUGACGUCAUUACUCACAAACAAAAUCAAAACUGAGGAGGAUGUUGCUCACGAAUGGGAUAAGACGAUCUCGAUCAACAAUCCUCUAAAUCCAUGGCAACGCCUCUACGAAGAAGAGCUAGCUCAAUUUCCCCCUGGUACGAAGCCCACGGCUGCCAUCAUGGGUCAGAUAUUCCGUUCUGCUCGGAAUGUGGCAGUGUAUGGCGGACUGAGUUUCGUCUUCCUUUUCCUGGUGGUUGUUCCCGCUGUAGUGUUGUCGUUUGGUGUUUUAACCCGGGAACAGUUCUCGUCCUAUCUGACUUUUAGUUAUGUCAUCUGUUUCCUUGCGGCAGUGUUUGUGGUCAUUGCUCCUCCGACCGAAGAAAUGUACCAGAUUGUCAAAACUUGGAAAAGCUCCAGAAACACUGAAAUCCAAAAAGAAAAGGUCCCUAAAACUGAACUUAGUAGACUCUAACAUAGCAUGAGAUCACAAUAGGUUUUUAUUAUUGUUGUUUUAGCUCAACGGAGCUAUUUCCUUAUUAUUCUUAUGACCAUAUAUAUAAAUGAUACCGGUUUAUAUACUGCAACUUUAUACUAAUCGAUGUAUCGAUGCUUUUAUUCAUCUAUCCAGGUUAAUUUCACUUCAAUGCUGCUUUACUGACUCCAGACGAGAAAUCGUAAAUAAAAUAUAUAUAUAU